UGUCAGACUCAUUUCCUCCUCCUCCUCCUCCACCUCCUCCUUCCCCUCCUCCUCCGUUUCCUCCUCUAAGGAAAUCUGCCCCUUCUAGUUGCCCUGCCCUCCCAUUUAAAGGGCGACUUUCCCUGCUUCGGGGUCUCGGCUCCAGCCCUCUCCGCCUCCGGCUCAGCCCGCUCACCAGCCGUCCGCGCACCCGCCGCGCAGCGCAGCUUCUGCAGAAGGGCGCGCGCCGAGAUGGAGAUUAGAGCGCUGCCCCCGCUGCUCCUGUGCUUGUGGCUCCAGAGUCUGACCACCUCCCGGGGAGGGGUGGCCGCCGCCACCGUAGGAGGAAAAGAUUUUAUGGACAUCGAAAGUAAAUUUGCCCUAAGGACCCCUGAGGACACAGCCGAGGACACGUGCCACCUCAUUCCUGGAGUGACAGAAUCUGUAGCUAACUGCCACUUCAACCACAGCAGCAAAACCUUCGUGGUGAUCCAUGGCUGGUCGGUGACAGGAAUGUAUGAGAGUUGGGUACCGAAACUUGUAGCUGCCCUGUACAAGAGGGAACCAGAUUCCAAUGUCAUCGUGGUGGACUGGCUGUUGCGGGCCCAGCAGCACUAUCCGGUGUCUGCCGGCUACACGAAGCUGGUGGGAGAAGAUGUAGCCAGGUUUAUCAACUGGAUGGAGGAUGAAUUUAACUACCCUGUAGACAAAGUUCAUCUCUUGGGAUAUAGCCUCGGAGCCCAUGCUGCUGGCAUUGCUGGGAGUCGGACCAAUAAGAAGGUCCACAGAAUUACGGGCCUGGAUCCAGCCGGCCCCAACUUUGAGAAUGCAGAAGCUCCCAGUCGCCUUUCUCCUGAUGAUGCGAAUUUUGUAGAUGUCUUACACACAUUCACCAGGGGGUCACCAGGCCGAAGCAUUGGAAUCCAGAAACCAGUGGGGCACGUUGACAUCUACCCCAAUGGAGGCACUUUUCAGCCGGGUUGCAACAUCGGGGAAGCUAUCCGUGUGAUUGCCGAGAGGGGCCUUGGAGAUGUGGACCAACUAGUGAAGUGCUCCCAUGAGCGCUCCAUUCAUCUCUUCAUUGACUCCCUGUUGAAUGAGGAGAACCCAAGUAAGGCCUACAGGUGCAACUCCAGAGAAGCCUUUGACAAAGGGCUCUGCCUGAGUUGCAGGAAGAACCGGUGCAACAACUUGGGCUAUGAGAUCAACAAGGUCAGAGCCAAAAGAAGCAGCAAGAUGUACCUGAAGACUCGUUCUCAGAUGCCCUACAAAGUCUUUCAUUACCAAGUAAAGAUUCACUUUUCUGGGACUGAAAGUAACACUCAGACCAACCAGGCCUUCGAGAUCUCUCUGUAUGGCACAGUGGCAGAGAGUGAGAGCAUCGCCUUCACCCUGCCCGAAGUGUCCACGAAUAAGACGUACUCCUUCCUGAUCUACACAGAGGUGGACAUCGGAGAGCUCCUGAUGCUGAAGCUCAAGUGGAAGAGCGACUCCUACUUUGACUGGUCAAACUGGUGGAGCAGACCUAGCUUCACCAUCGAGAGGAUCAGAAUCAAGGCGGGAGAGACGCAAAAGAAGAUGAUGUUCUGUUCCAGGGAGAAAGUGUCAAAACUGCAGAAGGGCAAGGGCUCUGCGGUGUUCGUGAAAUGCCACGACAAAUCUCUGAUUAAGAAGUCUGGCUGACACUGGGCGAGUAUACAGAAAGAAGACUGGCGUAUGAACUCUGUGAAGAAUGAAGCAAACAAAGUGAAUUUUAUGAACGAUGUCCAUUGCUUUGGGUGUUUAAAAGUUGAUUUCCCUAAGCAUUACUCCCAGCUAUACCCUUCUUAGUUAAAUUAGAAGACAAUCUCAAAUACUAAAAACUGACUAAUUCAAUUCAAGGACUCUAGUGGCCAAAUUGCACAUCCUCCAGCAUUAAAAGAUAGUAGUCGCUGCAUUUUGUCUUUUAAGGGGAAAAAAAUGUUUGUGCCCAAUAGUAAAAUACAGCUUCUUCAUGUGGCUGGUUUGGCUAUGGUCAAAAAUUAGUUAGAACUGCCAAUUUUAAUUAAAUGCUGGGUUUUGGAGAUGGAAGCCUCCUUAAGUCACAAUAUAGAAAAUGGUAUUCUGUAGCAUGAUCAUUUCAGAUCUAUUUAUUUGGCAGUGAAAAUGUCUGAUCUUUUAGAAUGGUUCUCCUGCCACUGGAAGGUGGCCCAGGAGUUAACCUAGGAGGUGACAGGGAGAGAGGGAGAGAGAAUGAGGCCAGUGAAGUACUGAGCUUUGGCCCCCUGACUUGCAUCAUGACAAAGUUACAGGUGAUUUUAUUUCCUAAUCUCCCUGUCCUAUUUUUGUUCUUUGUAUUAAUAUUAUAUUUUAACAAUGUUCUCUAGAUAGAUGUUGAAAAUGGAUUUGUCAAUCCUCAGCUGACACACAAUUUGGGCAGUGGAAAAAGAAACUAAUCAUGCUUGUAUUUUCAGAUUUUUCAAGUUGUCUAAUCAUUUACCAUCUGGUACUUAACUAUUUAGUUUUAGGCUUACCAUGAUCAUGACCCAGUCAUAGUUUGAGCAUAGCUCUUCAUUUCUGGCUUGGAUGUGUUCAAGUUCAAAUCUUCAUCAUGCACAGUACAAAUUUUAGGCAAGAAAAA